AUGUCCAGACGGGCCGUCUACGACCUCUCAGAGUUCAUGGACAGGCAUCCAGGCGGCCCCGCCACCAUCCUCUCCUGGCAAGGAUGUGUCCAAGCUUUUCAACGAUCGACUCCUUGGAAACUUGGGCGUGGACGAGAGCCUGAUACAGACGCGCCGACACUGUCGGAGGAGAGCUGGCGCAGAUCAGUGCGGGCAAGGAGCUGCCGUUCGACCGACCUUCUUGUGGGCCAGCUGGUGCCGGCGGAGAACACUGACUGGGUCCGCAGAUGCCCUGGUGUCCCAGGUGGUGGGCGAGGAGGUGUCGGAGCUGAUGUGAUACAUGAAGUAAUGAAGUACACGGUGACGGACGUCAUGGCUGUGGGCAUUUUCGGCGCAGUUGGCACGGGUCAGACUUGGAAGCAGAUGCCCUGGUGGCACAAGCAGUCAGGCCUGGCCAUGGUGGCCCUGAUUCUGUGUCUUCUUUCGCUUGCGGAGCGGCAUCGUGCUUCCCUGGCACCCGUUCGACGUCGGGCGUCGACAAGCGGAACGACAGGCUGGCUGCCCUUCCACCUUGGCUUCACCGCACUCUAUCAUUGUAGCCAAGGACGCGGCGUCGUCCGGAAGAUCUCGCCCUUCAUUUGA